CGUAUCAGAAUCCGUAGCAUGCCCAAAAAUAAUAUAAUUGGUAUAUUGAAACAUAGAGGCUAAUACAUACAUAUAUAAACAUAAAGGCUGUUUCUUAUUUAUUUAAAAUAUAUCAUGAUGGCAAUAACUAGCCAGUUACUAGGGUUGUCAUUGACUGAAAAUGAAAGUAUCUGCCAAAAACCCGUCGAACGAUUUUGCUGUCAGUGUUUUACAAAAUCCUGAGAUUAUCAUUUUGGACCAGCAAUUUACUAUUAGAGUUGGUUUAAACAAUUUUAAUAGGUGUAAUAAUAAGAUAUACAAAGUAAAAGUAACAAAAACGUUGAUGGGGAAGCAUUUUGGAGACUUGGCGUUUAUUCGGGGCAUAAUUUAUUAUACGCUCUCGCCGCAUGAAUUAAAACCAUUUGCUGGAGCAAUAAAAUAUGGUAUCCCUAAUUUUGUCCCCCGGACUUUGGCACGUGCUUGGACAUGGGCACCUCCUUUUUUGUUCUCCAUAGCGUUGUAUAACUAUAUCGAAGGUAGAUAUCAUCAAAAGUUGCGAAAAGAUCCAAGAGAUUAUGUAGAUGAAGCCGCCAGAGCCGGAGCCAGCGCCAGAGCCUGA